ACAAGAUGUCGACGGAAGAAAUGCGUGGAGCUCUUGCUUUGCAACAAGAAAUUGAAAAGGCAAAGUUUAGAUUAAAAGAUGUGAACGAAAACAUUAAGAAAAUCACAGGCAGAGAUCCUGAAGAACAAAGGGAUCGACAGUUUAGAGCGGGUAAUGAUGUUAGAGGUAGAGAAAGAAUUUUUAACAUGGCAAGGAGAACUAUGGGAGGAUCGGAUGGGCCCCCAGUUAAGAGAAGAAAUAUUGUAGGUGGAGCAUUCUCCAGACUGGGCCCCAGACCCCCAAGACAACGACAAGAGGACAGUGGCGAUGAUGAUGAAGAUCAGAAGCAUACUGUCCAGUCUUCAGUGGUAGCUACUUCUUUAGAAACCCGCACAAAAUCAUUAGAAAAACAAAGUAAAGACAGAGAAGGCAUGGCAAGAAAUAAGCGAAUGUUUGGCAUGAUAUUAGGAACUCUGCAGAGAUUCAAGACUGAGGCGAAAGAUAAUAAAGACAAGGAUGACCAUCGUCGAAAGCUUGAAAAGAAACUGGAUGAUAAAGCAGAAAAAGAAAAGUUGAGAGUUAAACAAGAGACACGCAAUCUAAUAGAUGAAAAACGACUAGAAAUGUCUAAAAUACGUAGAUUAGAACAGAAAAUGGAACUUGUGCAAGAGCAUGAAUCUAUAAAAUUUGAAAUGACCAAAUUAUCCAACUUCCUGUGCACAAAAGCUAAACCUGCCCUUUUCUACAUGCCUAAAAAACGGUUAGCUGUUGAUGAUGUCAAGCUAAAAGAUUCAGUCAUUUUUGUCAACAAAUUGAUUGAAGAAAAGAAAGCUAAAAUGGAGAGUGAAAUAGAAGAAAUAAUGCAUAGAGAGAAUGAAAGAGAAGAACGUAUACGUGCCCGUAUAGCGGAGAGAUCACAGAGAGAUAGUGGUGAUGAGGAAGAUGAUGAAGAGGAACAUCAUGAAGAUAUGGAUGAUCAUGAUGAUGAUCAAAAGGCUAUUGAUGCUCAUAAAGCAUCUUUUAGAGAAGAUAAAGAAAAUGUUAAGAAAGAACCAUUUUCUGAUAAUGAAUCUAAUACUCAUGGUGAGGGUUUUACUGUUUCAGGUAUCAAACAGGAAGAUCGGGAUAUUGAGAUGGGGGAGGUGGAAUGUACAGUGACAGAUGGAGGGGAAGGGGGACUUGGGGAGGAGGGACCUAAAGACCAAAAUACCAAACAAGUAGGUGACAGCGGGGCUGACAAUGGGGCAGGCAAUGAGGAAAAUAAAAUGGAAGCAGAAGAUGAAGGUCUUGAUGGAGGUAUGGUUAAUACAGUGGGUGGUGGUGCUCGUGCUAUAUCUGACAAAGACAAGGACAGUCGUAGGCAUUCAAAAAAUAAAACCGACGCUAACGAGACUGCUAAAAAAUCUGAUAGACGUAGUGACGACAAGGACAGACAUAGGACAAAAUCAGGACAUAAAGACAACAAGUACCGUUCCAGUCGAGACAGUAAAAAAAGUUCAAGUCACCGAGAUGAAAGACACAGACGAUCUGGGAGUCGUGAUCGCAAAGAUCGACACAAACAUUCAAAACGCUACAGUGAAGACAGACCUAAACGUUCUCGUCAUGAUAGUAACUCUGAUGAUGACAACGAUAAAUCCAAAGAUAAAACACCUAGUAAAGACAAAUCGGCUGUGAAAGAAAAAUCAAUCCCAAAUAUUGCACAAGAAGAAUCUAAACCGGUGGAAAGUAUGGAUAAAGAAAUUGAUGAAAAAGAUAGUAUGGUUGGUAUCCAAGACAUUUCAACAAUUGAACUUCCACCUUCAAAGCCGGUAUUAGAUGAAAAUAUCAAUGAAGACGAUCUUAUUAGGAUGAUAGUUACUGGUGAUGCGUCCACACAAAGUAGUAGUCGGUUUCAUCAAGGUAGACAAUCGCAAGAUAGUGCCGAAGAAAGGAAAAGAAAAAUAGUAAUGGCAGAAGAUGAAGAAGAAAUGGAUGAUCAACCAGCAGAUGAAUGAUUAUAUUAUUAUUGUUAGUGACUUGAAACAUUAUUUAAAUCCUGAUAAUAGAUAAUGGUGCGUUUGAUUCAAUGUCUACAUGGAUGUAGUUUGAAACAAAUUAGAACUUCAUUUAGUUAUGUUCGAAAACGCUAAAUUUGAAUUAUUUUAUGGUAUAACUAUAAGGUUAAAGACAUUGUAUAUUGUUACAUAUAUGCUACUGAUUUUGUACGCCAACUUCUUGAAUGCCCACAUGCCCACAUUACUUGUAAGUGGAAAUAACUCUUUCAAAUAGCAAAUUACUUGUUCCUCUCUUUGAAAACUUCUAGGAUAACACUCAGGUAAGUAUGCUUUUUUUAAAUGAAUAAUUUUUUAAAACUAAUGUAGGUAUUAUUACUUUUUUUUUAUUUUAAGUUAAUUGUUUUAUAUGCAAUAUAAGACUAGACCUCUUUGAUCAGGGUAAAUUGAUAUGAUUUAAAUUUGUGUCGAUUUGUAUUACAAAGUGGAUAUCUGUUUACAUUUUAAAGUUUAGAUCCACAGAUAGAGCCAGUGUUAAAAUAUAACAGGUUAUGUGAUCCACUGUUGACAGUUUGAACCAAAAUCUAAUCGUAAAUAUUUGAAGCAAACUGAUUUCCACUUAUUAUUUUGAAAUGAAAAUCUAAUUGUAUAUAUCUUGUCCCAUUACUAAUAAAAAUAUCACAUCAGACCUACCCAAUUCAACACUUUACUUGUGUCAUAAAUUAAAGAGGUUUAGCUCCAUUAAGUAAUUAUACAGAGUUAGUAGAACUCGGGGGUGAUUCAUUUUGCAACAAAUCUAAAUCUGAGAUUUUUCCAGAUUCAGAAUCUUUUGUAAUGAUUCAGAGCAUGGAAAUUAACAUGCUGUGUGAAUUCUCUAGCUUCAGAAACAUAACCAGUGAAAUUAAAAUCAUGAAAAUUUGAAUUCAGAUUAACUUCAUUCAAACAUUCAUAAAUUGUUGAAUUUAAUUAAUUUUUUCACAGAUAAAUGGGAUGGUUCUGUAUGUGAUAGGCCAAUCUUACAUGGAUCAUCAGCUGAACAUUCAGCCGAUAUUCCAGAGUGAAAUGACUAAUUUAAAAAGAAAAAAUAACAGUAUAAUUUCAAUUUCAACUGACUAAGACUGGUCACAGUUUAUAGCUUUUGUCAAAAAUGAAUGCUUACUGUCGGCAGAUGGUCUGCUGUAGAUCUGCUAAUCAUGUACAGAACAUGACAUGUAGAAUGUGGAUGUACAUGUACUAUACAUUAAUCAAAUAAAUUGCACUUAUCUGAGGAGGGGGGGGGGUACAAAACAACAUGGUUAAUACAGCCCAAUACGCAGAUGAAUAUUUUAACGAUAUGUUGUGUUGCAAACAAUGUCUCGGGCGGAUUAAGUAGGCUACUCUGUAAUUGCUACAGACAAUUUUUCUGUUCAUUAGCAAUGACAUUAAUCCACCUUAAAUUGUUUCAGAAUGGAAAAUAUUAAUUUUUGUACAAUUGGCUUCACUAAUUGCUAGGUGGAUCAAUUAAUAUAAGCAUUGUAUGAAUUUACUUUCUCUUAUGCAGAUUUUUUUUUGUAAUAUAAUUUAAUUUGCAUAAUCUACAAAAUAAUGAAAAGUUUGCAAUAUUUCUCUAUUACCAUUCUCGAAUCUAGAAAAUCAUAAAAGUAAAUCAUUUACUGUAUGUAAAAUAUUAGAUUGUAUAAUAGCAUUAUUUCAUUUGAUUUUUAGUUAUUUAAAUUUCAAACGUACACAUCAUAGAAUAAAAGAAUUUAAAACAUUA